AUGGCCAACAAUGAUUAUAAACAUAUGCUGGAGAGCUUCCGGACUAUCGACUUAAAAACAUUAUUGGGAACUUUUGGUCAAAGUAUAGUAGGAAAAAAAUCUGAAUUAAAAUAUCGGGCAAUUGAAUUAUUAAGAAGUAGAUCAGCUGGCUUUAACCAAGCGGACUAUGUAUCAAAAAUACAUGAAAUAUAUUGUUGCUUUGGAACAUUUAUGCCUAAAAAUGAUGCUAUUAUGAAUCACAACUUAUUACAAACUCAACAGAGACAAAUGAUGGGGCAGAUACAGGCCCCACAACAAGGAAUUUACCAACCUGCCCCACAAUAUAAUCAACUUCCAAUGCAUAUGACCCGAGGUGGAUUAUCACAGGUUGUGCCCCAAACUGAAAGAAACAUUUAUAGUAAUUCCAUUGGAAUAUAG